AUGCUCGGGAUCACGGAAGUCAUUCUACUUUUUGUGAGUACAGUCUCGUUAUUGUGUGGUGGAGUUUCUGCUUCGAGGAGUCUUCAUGCUCCCCUACUUCAUUCUGUUUUCCGGGCUCCAAUGUCUUUUUUCGACACUACGCCAUUUGGAAGGAUCUUGAAUCGUAUUGGCAAAGAUAUUGAAACAAUUGAUUUACUUCUUCCACCGAACGUUCAACUCUUCAUGCAGUGUUUUCUGCAAGUGCUUUCAACAUUGGCCGUUAUCGUGAUUUCUAUACCAAUGUUCAGCAUAAUCAUUGCUCCUUUGAUCAUUCUAUAUCUUAUGAUUAUGCGCUACUAUAUCUCCACAUCUCGGCAGCUGAAACGUCUGGAAUGUAUUUCUCGGUCUCCGAUUUACAGUCACCUCAGCGAGAGCGUUAAUGGAGCGUCAACAAUCCGAUCAUAUUGUGUGACAGAGCUCUUUUCUAAAAUGUCUGAUCAGAAGGUUGACGAUCAUGUUCAGCCGCCCUGUUCCCUGAAAGGUUGA